AUGCUGUUCGUUAAUAUAUAUGUUGUGCUUUAUACUGCAGCGCGUUCGAUUUACUGUUACGAGUGCGAUUCGUGGACGGAUGCACGUUGCAAGGAUCCGUUCAACUAUACGGCGCUGCCGCAUGAUCAGCCGCCUUUGAUGACCUGCAAUGGCUGCUAUGUGAAGAUGGUGCGACAUCAGCGAUCACCCUACGAGGUGGUGCGACGCAUGUGUACGUCACAAUUACAAAUCAAUUUAUUCAUGGUCGAUCACGUGUGCAUGAUGGAAAGUUCAGGCAAUGGACAUAUGUGCUUUUGUGAGGAAGAUAUGUGCAAUUCUAGUAAAAGUUUAUACUCAUUCGCUAACGGUUAUCAACAAAUCAUACUAAUCAUCACAAUGCCAUGGCUAAUACCGCUCCAACAGUUUGUGCACAGCUAG